AGUUGUCCACCAGCUGUCGUGGAGGAUGGUAACGAUUGGCCGUUGGGAGUUGUGGACGUCAUUGUGUUGAGAUGACACGAAAUUGAAGUUGCAGGGCUGCCCAUCACCCGCCAAGAUGAGUGUCUUGAAAGGAGGUAGUGGAAAAUCGGCCAUCGAUGCUAUUCUAACCAGUGAAAUUGAGAAAAUUCUAAAAGAAAAGGGACUAAACCUAGAAAUUUAUAUAUCUUAUGCAACUUUGUUUGCGGAAAAAGGGCAAGUUGUAGAGAGUUUGGAACUGCUGUUCCACAGCUAUAAGUUAUACAACGUGAGUUCCGAUAAACUGUAUCAAGUGAUUAGCAAAGUAGUGGAUUAUUUAAGGUUAAACUGGAAAGAGAACGGUCCUCCCCCCACCAGAAAUGUGUUCUCUUGCCCUGUGUGCUGGGGCGUGCUGCACGAACCUCUCACGCUUGUGUGCGGCCACACCUACUGCCGAAAAUGCCUACUCAAAGAACAACUGAAAAUGUGUAGAGUAUGCCAGUUUAGGUUUAAAGAUAAAGGUAUUUCUAAUGUGAAACCUAAUGUAUUAGUGGCGACCUUAGUGAGUCGCUGGUGGCAGCAGGAGGUGGACGGAGUUAAGCUACGGACAGAAGGAAACAAAUACUUCCAGAACCAACAGCUGGAGAAAGCUCUCGAGGCCUACAAUAAAGCCUUCAAGAGUGCACCACAAGACCACCUGUUGCUAAGUAACCGUUCCCACGUGAUGCAUACUAUGGGUCGGGCAGAGGAGGCCCUUAAGGAUGCCGAGGCGGCCACCAGGUGUCGGCCGGAGUGGGCCAAAGGUUACUUCCGCAAAGCCAUGGCGUUGACUUCACUAGGCCGCUUUGAGGACUCCAUAGUUUCUCUCCUGCAGUGUGCCAUUCUUGAGGAAUCCAACAAUUUGCACAACAUAAAAGAUGAAAUCACAAAGGCUUUCCAUCGUCUGCUGAUCAGACUGACUUCCAACAGAAGAUAUAGCAUGGAGGGACGAAACAGCCGCCACCAUCACUGUUACUCCCGUCUCUCACCUGCACUCUCUGACCCUUCCAUCAUCCCAGAGUCUGACUCUGAGGACAGUGAGGACAGUGAGGAUGGACACCAGCAAAGUCAUUGUGGGCCUUCUGCUCCACCUGUUGAGGAAGUGUCUCACCUCAGGAAAAUUAUGGAUAAAUUCAACCUCGAAGUGGAAAGAAACAAAAAAUCCAGUUGUAGCUAUGUACGGGCAGUAGAGGUACAAAAUUAUGACAAAAAUGAUUUUGAGUGCACACUGUGCUAUCGUUAUUUGUACCAGCCUGUCACUACCCCCUGUGGUCAUUCCUUCUGUCGCACGUGUUUAGAUCGUUGUCUGGAUCACUCUACCAGCUGUCCACUAUGUAAAACUUCAAUUAAAAUGUUCUUGGCUGAGAGACGAACUGCAGUGACAGAAUUUGUUGAAACUGCAAUGCAAACUGUGAUGGCCAGUGAGUGCCAAGAAAGGAAACAGCAACAUGAUGAGGAGAUGGACGAGUUAGCUGCAGCUGGCAAAGACUCCCAGCAUGGCAUCCCAAUAUUCAUUGCCACAUUAGCCAUUCCCACCGUCAGCUGCCCCUUGCAUGUAUUUGAGCCUCGCUACAGACUCAUGAUCAGGCGGUGCAUGGAGUCAGGCACCCGAGAGUUUGGGAUGUGUGUGCCCAUGGAAAAUGCAGAAAAUGGGUACGCAGACUCGGGUACAAUGCUAGAGAUACGAGACAUAGAGUAUACACCAGAUGGCCGUUCAAUCGUAAACACAGUUGGUUCUAGACGGUUUAGGAUUGUCAGCAAGAGUGUGAAAGAUGGCUAUAACACUGCUGCUGUAGAAUUUCUUCAGGAUGUUGUACCAACUAGUAAUUUAUCAGAACUGCACAAACUUCAUGAUUGUGUACAUAAGUUGGCUUCAAAGUGGUAUGAAUCAAUAGAACAUAUGACGAAAAGAAGGAUUCUUGUGCACUAUGGCCCAAUGCCUCCAGUUGAGGGUGAAUAUUGGACCAUUCCUAAUGGACCAGCCUGGAUGUGGUGGGUUAUUGUAAUUCUUCCACUUGAUCAUCGGAUUCAGCUGUCAAUUCUCAACGAAACGUCAUUAAAACGUCGCUUGGAGAUCCUCCACAAGAUAGUCCACUGUGUCCUGGUGCAGCAGCAUCCCCAACAAGCACCUGCAGAGGGAUCACAGUGACUAGUGGCAUCUCAUAAGUUUACAAGAUAUUUAUGCCAAAGUAAUUGUUGGGUCUUUUUUCUAGUUAUCUUAUUGCUUUCUUUGGGAAAUUCAAUCUGUUAUUUAUCUUAAUCAGAGGUAAAAUAGUGAAUACAGGGAAAAUUGAUUGUGUGUUACCCAUAGAUAAAUUAGAUGCAGCAUGAUGGCUUAUGUUUGGAUUGCAAUAAAAUCAUGUUAAACAUGGCUUUUCAGGAAAUUGUAGCAGUUCUUUUAUGAUAUUGCUAUGUGUGAAACCUUUAAUUUUCUCUGUAAUUUAAUCUUCUCAUUCAACAAUUUUUUGCCUGAACAACUUUGAACAGGUAAUUUCUCAGGAUUGUAAGGUGUAACAGGCAUGCAUUGUGUAUUUAUGUUUAUUUAGGAUUAUUUAUUAUGUAGCUUCUGAAGUCAUGUGUAUUUUUUGCAUGCUGAUAAGAACUGCAGCCUAACAAUAGAUACCUCAUACUCCCUUGUCAUACAUUGUAGAGUUCUGUGGGGAAACUCUAACAGUUUGGGUUGUUAUAAAACUAGAAUUUGUAACUGUAACAUUCAGGGACUGGAUUUUAUGUCAUUUACAUGCAUCAGAUAGGUUACAUUUUGUUUCUUUUUAUAAAAUUUCUUAGAUCAUAAUCUUUGUUUCCAUGAUCUGGACUCCCAGAAUCUUUUUACAAGAUUAUUUUGAUACAGAGGUAGUUGAUUUUUUUUUUUUUUUUUUUUUUUUCAUGAAUUAGAUGGAGUAAACUGUGUAGCUUAGGAAAGAAGGUGCUGAUAGUUAAGGGGAACUUUGUGUAGCCAAAGGUUUCCUUUUGGAUAUCUUGGCUGUUUCUAUACCACUUUGUUACCAAGAGAUAUUUUUACAUGAGCCAUUGCACAAAAUUUCAAGAAGCUUGCUGAAGUGACAGUGGGCUUUGGCGGUUGUGCCAACUGGUUAUUUCACUCAUAAUUCUGAAUUACACAAUGUUAUAAGUAA